AUCCCAUUUCAUUUCUGGAAUUUGAAUUUCCUCAAGUACUCUUGAUAUUGAUCAAGAUGCGAAGCCUUGUUGUAACAAUAUUACUAAUAAUAAUUUUGUCCAUAAACACAGACGCCUCCUCGCUGCCGGAAAGGCUGCUCCGAUCAACAGCAGAGCUCCGAAACCAUACGAAGAUAUCGGAGUUCCGGCUUGUAAACCGGAGGAAGCUGGUAGAGUGCCCCGACCCGAACCCGUACGUCAAGGUGAGAGUAACCUCCAACCCGACCCUAUCCGAUGAGGAAUACGUGACGGUCAACAUCACCGGAGUUUUGGAGCCUUCCGAAACCGAUUGGGUGGCUAUGGUUUCCCCUUCUCACUCCGAUGUGAAGGCGUGUCUUGAAAAUGCAGUUAUGUACGAACAAACGGGCGAUUUCAACAGUCUCCCACUUCUAUGCCACUAUCCUGUUAAGGCUCAAUAUGUAAGCAAUGAUCCAGAAUAUCUGAAGUGCGGCAAGAGUGAUUGUGACAUGAGCAUUGCUGGGAUAUGCGUGACAAAGACGUGCGGGGCCACGUUAUCGUUCCAUGUCGUCAACAUACGUACGGAUAUCGAGUUCGUGAUGUUUACCGGUGGGUUUGAGACGCCAUGCAUCUUGAAUAGAUCCGACCCGAUUAAAUUCGCUAACCCGAACCAGCCUGUGUACGCCCAUGUAGCCAGCGUUGAUUCUACUGCAACAUCGAUGAGAUUGACGUGGGUGAGUGGGGAUCCAAGUCCACAACAAGUUCAAUAUGGAGACGCCCAAUCCGCACAAUCCUCAGUGUCAACCUUUUCCCAAGCUGACAUGUGCAAUAGUUCGUUGGAAAGUCCGGCGGUUGAUUUCGGAUGGCACGACCCUGGUUUUAUUCAUUCAGCUAUAAUGACUGGACUUCGUCCUUCCUCUAAUUACUCCUACAAAUAUGGAAGUGAUUCAGUGGGAUGGAGCGAUGAAAUGAAGUUGAGAACUCCACCGCCAUCAGGAUCGGAUGACCUUAAAUUUCUUGCUUAUGGUGAUAUGGGAAAGGCUCCUCUUGAUUCCUCUGUAGAGCACUACAUACAACCUGGAUCGGUAUCUGUUGUAAAAGCAAUGGAAGAGGCAGUAUCCUCCGGUGGAGGGGUCGACUCUAUAUUUCACAUCGGCGACAUUAGUUACGCUACCGGUUUCAUGGCCGAGUGGGAUUUCUUCCUUCACCUCAUUUCCCCUCUUGCCUCCCAACUCCCCUACAUGACCGCCAUCGGCAAUCACGAGCGAGACUACAUGGACUCUGGCUCCGUUUACCCAACCCCGGACUCUGGGGGAGAAUGCGGGGUUGCCUACGAGACUUAUUUUCCUAUGCCUACUGUCGCCAAGGAUAAGCCCUGGUACUCCAUAGAGCAAGGGCCUGUUCAUUUCACUGUCAUUUCCACCGAGCACAACUGGACACAGAAUUCAGAACAGUAUGAAUGGAUGAAUAAGGACAUGGCCGCAGUGAAUAGAACAACAACUCCAUGGCUCAUAUUCACAGGGCACAGGCCCAUGUAUACAUCUUCUCCUGGAAACCCAAUUUUUCCUAGCGUCGACGAUCAGUUCAUUGAUGCAGUGGAGCCGUUGCUACUAGCAAACAAGGUGGAUUUGGUUUUGUUUGGGCAUGUCCAUAACUAUGAGAGGACAUGCGCCGUUUAUAAGGAAGAAUGCAGAGGAAUGCCCACCAAAGAUUCCAAUGGAGUUGACACAUACCAUAAUUCCAAUUACUCUGCGCCGGUUCAUGCUGUUAUUGGAAUGGCUGGAUUUGAGCUUGAUAAUUUCACACAGACUGAUAAUAGCUGGAGCUUGGUUAGGAUUACCAAGUUUGGAUAUUUAAGAGUUCAAGCCACCAAGAGCGAGCUUCAUGCCGAGUUGGUGAAUGCAGAUUCAAGAAAUGUGGAUGAUGGUUUCCGAAUCAUUAAGUGAGGGACUUGACACCGUUCAUAGCAAAAAAAAAGUCAGAAUUCAGACCAGAUUUCAUUUUUGACAUGUUUUAUAAAUUGGUUGUAAUAAUAACACAUCACUCUUUAGUUUAUAGAAAAAUAUUGUACCAUACUAUUUUCCUAGUCACAAGUAAAAAAUGGAUGUUCAUAAUGGA